UCGGAGUUCAGCGUGCGCGCGUCUCAAACACAAUCAGGAACAAGAACUUUAUUAUGUUCACUUUUAGCCUUUAAAAACGUUUAAACCACAGAUGUCUGGACCUCCAUGACUUCAGCCCGUCUGCUUGUGUCGAGCCUCGUGUUUGUUGGGUCUCCUCGCGGCCUGGCCGGCCGAUCCCCGAGCAGCUAGCGGCUCAACCGCUACUCCAACCCACUCAAAACUAGAUUUAUCUUAGUUUGGACGGAACUGGACCUCAGCUUCAGACAUGCAGGACAUCCUGGCCACCGUGGACCACAUCAAGUUCGAUGUGGAGCUGGCGGUGCAGCAGCAGCUGGGGGCUCAGCCGCUGCCCUUCCCCGGCAUGGACAAGUCCGGGUCGGCGGUGUGUGAGUACUUCGUGAGGGGAGCCUGUAUGAAAGGUGGGAUGUGUCCCUUCCGCCACAUCAGCGGGGAGAAGACGGUGGUGUGUAAACACUGGCUCAGAGGACUCUGCAAGAAGGGGGACCAGUGCGAGUUUCUCCAUGAAUAUGACAUGACCAAGAUGCCUGAGUGCUACUUCUACUCAAAGUUUGGCGAGUGCAGCAACAAAGAGUGUCCCUUCCUUCACAUCGAUCCAGAGUCUAAGAUCAAAGACUGUCCGUGGUACGACCGAGGGUUCUGCAAGCACGGUCCUGACUGUAGACACAGACACACAAGGAGGGUGAUCUGUGUCAACUACUUGGUGGGUUUCUGUCCAGAAGGAAAAUCCUGUAAAUUCAUGCACCCCCGUUUUGAAUUGCCUAUGGGAACUUCUGAACAGCCGCCUCUUCCACAGCAAGCCCAGAACCAGACAAAGAAUAUGUCUAACAUGGGUCGGUCGUCACUUUCUCUAAUCCAACUGACCAACUCCAGUCCAGGCCAGCGGCCGCAGCACAUCCCAAACCUGGGUCAGCCAAACAACAUGGGCAUGGGCAUGGGCAUGAACAGAGGACCGCGUCCUCUGGACCAAGUUACCUGUUACAAGUGUGGAGAAAAGGGCCACUAUGCCAACAAAUGUACAAAGGGCCACCUUGCCUUCCUGAGUGGACAGUAACUGAUGACCUCGACAUCCAAACACCACAGAGCUGCAGCUCUCGCUGCUCCAACGUGAGGGCAGCUGAAUACGGGAGGUCUCUCUGCUCCACCAGCUGGAGUCGAACCUAAAGACUCCAACUUCCACUCGUGUAGCUUCAGAGACGAGGACAACAGCAAAUAAAAAGCUGCAACUAUUUCCCCUCAAACUGUGGACAUGUGGAAGUGACUCACAGUGCAGAGGAUGACUAAACCAGCAAGUUUUUGUUCUGGGCACCUCGCACUGCUGUGAAGACAAAAAAAAAAAAACUAAAAAAAGAGAAGAUGACACCAAGGAUUGUUUGCAGUCUCUUCAGGCUGCAGUGCCACCCCCGUUUUGAUACAACUCAGGUCAUGUGACUGCACUGAAGUGCUACCGCUCUGUUAUGUUCUAAUAAAUCUGAGUGUUAAUUCACAAAUGAUCAAGGGGAGUGGGAGUGGAAAGGGUUUGUAUUUUCCUAAAAAAACAAUUCUUGUAAUAUCUGGAGUUAAUUUCUGACCAGAUUUCAGACAUUUGAACCUGAAUAAGGAGCUUUUUGUUUGGAGGAUUCAAGCAGUAUGGACCUGCUGAAAGAAUUGUUUUGUUAAAAGUUGAAUAUAGUCUACACCAGUAAAUGUCAGAUUUGUCAUGCCCCUUGAUUUUUCUGCAGUUUCAUCCAGCAGGGCAACUACACUCGAAUAGUAAAUUCUAAUUUCUGCACGUACUUUAAGGAAAAAACCAGAUCCCUCAACAAAGACAGCAUACUCACAUUUAUUAAUGUUUUAUUGGUCACAACAGAAAUAUUAAACAGAGCUGAGUCAAAGGAGCAGAGGAACCACGAAAUCCAAGUUCAACCCCUGAUGGCUGCUGAAGGGGCUCAGUGGUACUUCCUCCAGCGGUCAUGUUCUGCAAUAGAAGGCAGUAGAAGAUACUUAAAAUACAAAUAUCAAACACUGGCAGUAAAGAGAAAGUUAAGACGUGGUGAACGUGAGUUGUGGGAGUGUAAAUGUCUUACUGAUGUGGUCGUAUUCCCACAAGUAGCUGAGGGUCACGUAGCCCACGAGCAGCAUAGCCAAGCCACCGAUGCCUCCCUUCUUCACAUUGAUGUACUUGUUAUAGUAUCUGUCAUGGCCUGAAAGAGGUCAAACAGCAGUUGAAAACAGUUCAGUGUCCUAUAGGUAGAUGUGAGUUUAUCUGUGAUCUGAAUAAAUCACACUGAGCAACAGUUUCAGUUUUUAAGAU